AUGUCAGCAACUUCUGACACGAUCCCAGUUCUCAUCGUCGGCUCUGGGCCCUCUGGUCUUGCUGCCGCGCUUACUCUCGCGCACAACCGGGUCCACUUCCGCAUCGUAGAGAAGCUCACCGAAUUCCACGAGACAUCCCGUGGCAGCGGCGUACAGUCACGCACGCUCGAGGUGUUCAAGUUCCUCGGAAUUAUGGACGACAUCCUCAGCACCGGCACUGCUCUUCCGCCGAUGCGUUCGUAUAAACUGCCCGGCGGGACCGAGGUCGAGCACGAAUGGAUGAUGCUCGACAAUCCUGAAGCGACCCCGGACAGGCCAUGCAGGAACAUCAUGAUAGACCAGUACCUCACGGAAGGCAUCAUGCGCAAGCACCUGAACGAACGAUUCGGCGUUCAGGUUGAAUUAGGAACCGAACCGAUUUCCAUUGAACAAGACGACAACCGCGUCUCACUCACCCUAAAGAAGACCGCACAGGACGCCAAAGGAACUACCGAGACCGUCAAGGCGCAGUUCGUUAUCGGCGCAGACGGAGCCAAGGGUGUAAUGCGCAAGUUCAUCGGCGCCACCUUCGAGGGCGAGAAUAAGGACGCGGACGGUCAGGUGUGGGCGGAAUGCCACGCUGAGGGCGUCACCAACGAGUUCUGGCACAUUUGGGCACAGCUUGAUAAUUUCAUUAUCUCCAUGCGCCCCAAGCGUGAGAAGGUCAACUUCCAUAUGGGCAUCGUUGGUCAAGGAUGGGACCCUGUCGACUUGGUCGACCCCGACAAGUUCGUUGAGUUUUUCUACGAAUCCGUCGGUCGCACGGAUAUCAAGUUCUCGAACAUGCACACUAUGACUCACUGGAAGCCGAAGAUGCGCAUGGUGAACAAAUUCUACGAGGGACGCUGCUUCAUCGUCGGAGAUGCGGCUCACAUCCACUCGCCGACCGGCGAUCAGGGUCUUGUGCAGGACUCGUUCAACCUCUGCUGGAAGCUCACACUCGCUUGCAAAGGCUACGCGUCUCCAUAUCUCCUCGCCUCGUUCGAGGCCGAGCGCAUCCACGUUGUCGCGAAGAUGCUUGCUACUACCAGCAACCUCCACACGCACGCCGUCGCCCGGGCGUCCGACGCCGGCGCCAACCCCAACCCCGACGACCCCCAAGACACCGCCGGCCUCUCCCAGCGGCGCACCGACCCCCCGCGCAUGCUCGACGUCAACUACCACUGGAGCCCCGCCGUCGUCGACGCGCGCGGCACGCAGGGCCGCUCCGCAGACGCGCUCAAGGUGCACACGUACUCCGGCUGGGGCCCGGCGGACGGCGUGUGUGCGGGCGACCGCGCGUUCGACAUCUUCCGACCCACACGCCACACCGUCAUGGUGUUCGUGGACGGAGACGCGGCAAGGAUGGCGGAGGUCGUCGAGACGGUAAACGGCUGCACUCCGCCCGGAGUCGCGAAUAUCGUUGUUAUCGACUCGCUGGGCGCGCUGACGACCGUGGACGGCGCCGCGGAGGCAUGCUUCGACAAGGACGGUUGUGCGGCGCGCAACUACCACAUCGAGGCGAAGGUGUUCACCGUGGUCGUCGUUCGGCCGGAUGGCUAUGUCGGCGCUUUUGUCUACGAUAUCAACGAGCUCAAGGAGUACUUCGCGAAAGUCGUAGCCGUGUAG